AUGCCGUCGUGGCUCAAUAGUAAUGAGACCUCCGACGACGAUGAUGAGCACAUGAGCGAGUUCAGUAGCAUGCAAAUGGAGUACUUUCAAACUCCUAACACUGUGAUAGACCCUAGUUUCUGUGGGCUUGUGAUUGAAUCUGAGAGAAGGUGCAUCCUGCACAGGCAGAGGCCAGGCAAGUUUGUGGCAUUUGAAGGCACUGACACUGGCAAGAGAUUCAUAGGAUGUGCUACUGAGAACCUUGGUAGAGCCCAGGAUAAUGAGGCUCAUGGGAUAGAGGUUGCAAAAUUGAAGAAGGAGCUUGAUUCUCUGGCCAAUCAGUAUAGCCAGCUGGUGGAUGAUGUGUCCAAGUUGUUUGAUUAUCAGGAUGGAAUGAAAUCUCAUGACAUGGAUUGCACAAGCCAGGCAAUCAAUGAACUGAAGGAGAAGAAGAAGCAACUUGAGGAGCAGGCCAUGAAGGAGAUAGAGGUGGACAGAGACCUCCUUAAAGAAGAGAAGAAGAAGCUGGAGAAUGUCAUUGCUGAGCUCCUGAAGGUUGGUCAUGGGUGCAAGGAAAAGCUGGACAAGAUCAAGGAAGUUGUGAUGGAGGAGUGA